AUGCGCCGAGCUGGCGUUUGCCUCUCCGCGUCUCAGUUCGCAGUUCGGCUUCAGUUCUGCGCCGACAAUGGCCGAAGACACCACGUGAGGGCAGUUUACCGCGAGCAUGGCAGGCCUGCUCAGGAACAGUCUGCUAAUAUUGGCAGCAGUGGUUGGGGCCGUAGCCCACCCGACAGUGGAGGACGCGCCGAUGUGUCCCGAGUCUUGCGCGUGCCGUAGUGACGAGGAUCACGUAGUGGGCCGUAGGGCCAAGUCCGUCACGUGCUCUGGCCUCGGUCAGGUAGAACUCUUACAAGUGUCUCAGAUGAGUUCUGCCACCGUCGAGGUACUCCGGAUGUCGAACACUAGUGUUCGUCGGGUGGAUUUCUUCGCUUUUAGACGAUUGCCGGGGCUCGUGUUCCUCGAUUUAAAUAGUAACGUUAUCAACGAAAUUGCUGGAACCGGUAAGACACUGCCCAAACUACGGACAUUAGAUCUCAGCGGGAACAAUCUUCAUAUUAUACAACCGUAUACGUUCCGAGAUUUUCCUCAGCUUACAAGUUUGAAUCUCUCGGGAAAUGGUCUGCACACCAUAUCGCCAUCUUGCUUUCUAGUGCCGACACUCAGGGUCCUUGAUCUACGUCACAACAGGCUCUCGACACUGAAGCCACAUUUCUUUGCACACACUCCGAAUUUGCGAGAAGUGUACCUGGCAGGUAAUUCGCUGUCACGAGUUCCCAGUUUCGUCUUUGAGCACAAUCUCCACGUACUUGAUCUCUCGAACAAUCACGUCAUUCGACUCGAAGACAGCGCGUUUGACGGCGUCAACAUCUCCGGUCAGUUGAACCUCGCACAGAACUCGCUACGUGCCAUGCCGAACACCGCCCUUAAACGCCUCGGCUACGUUCAUAAAUUGGUGUUGGACGCCAACUCGUUCCGUGUUCUUGGAACCAGCUCUCUGGUUAACGUGGCGGUGACAUCUCUCAGUAUCUCAAACCACAGACAUCUUCAUUUGAUUCACCGAGAAGCUUUUGUGAAUCUGAUCGACUUGGAAGAGUUACUAAUUCGUGGAAAUCAAGCACUGACAUACGUGCAUCCUAAAUGUUUGGUAAAUUCACCAAAAUUGAAGAUCUUAGAUCUUUCUAAUAAUAACCUCGUCACCUUGGAACAGGAGCUGAUAAAAAACACCCCAGAAGUAACUGAACUUCGCGUCGACAACAACAACUUCAUCUGUCAUUGUAGUCUGUCGUGGCUGCAGAACGUAACUCAAGAUGAAGUGUUUUGCUCGCAGAUAAAUAAUGGUAGCUCGAUGGCAGUAACUCAGCUCAGGUCUUCGAGAUGUCCCCCAUACAUCAUACCUUUGUUCCCCGAGUCUUAUUACGAGACUCUGAGCAACAACGCAUCAUUUCAAUGCCGAGCUCUUGGUGCACCGAACGCAAAAGUGAAUUGGUUCUCGAAGACCGGACAACGUCUUUGCAAUGGUAAAUGUUCCGGUCGUCUGUGUGUUUCCGACCACACUCUUACCUUGCAGUAUCUGCACAAAGAUGACACUGGAACUUACAGAUGUGUGGCCAGGAAUGAAAUCGGCGAAGACACUCGCUCGGUGGCACUUCACGUCCGAGGAGUCAACGUGAAUCUCCUCCCGUUAUCCGUGACCUCCACCUUCGUUACGCUCUCGUGGAACAUGUCGAGUUCCGUCUCCAGUAACUACGUGCUCAAAUACGUGGAAGUCGUCAACAGAACCUUAACCCCGUCGGGUACAAGUAACCCGAAAUCUGUGACGUUCUCGGUUGGACACAAAAUGCACUCUUAUACCAUACACGGACUUAAACCCGGGAGCACGUAUUCAUUUUCGCUUUGUAUUCAGCGCGAAGAAUACACUUUGGUGAUAUCAACAAUUUUGGUUACGACUCGAAGAGAAAGUUUCUUGCUUACCCUCGGCAUCGAACGUAAUUAUCUGAGUGUCAUCGUUGUAAGCGUGGUUGUCGGCGUCGUCUCGACGACCUGCGUCGCCUUCUGCGGUCUCCGAUGUUGGCGUCAGCGUAUGAAACUACAGAAUGAGUCGGCUCAGAUGGGGAAAAGUGACUCCAGCUACUCGGCUCGUUCGAUCUUACAGUCUUCUUCCACUCACUCCAACAUGGCUUUUAUAACCUACAUCAACCUGACAGACGAAACACUUCUUGCGGACCAAAGCACCGAGAGCGACCUCUUGGGAUUCGCGUGAUGAAACCGCGAAAAACGAGAAUGAAAUGAAAGUGUCCCGUUCUGUGUAACUGUGAAAUUAUCAACAAAGCCAGAAAGAAUUUAUAGUCGGCGCUGUAGUUUAUGGUGGAAUAUUCAAGGGGAAGGCUAGGAGCGAGUCUCUUGUGCGACAGUAUAAUGCUAACUGCACGGAGGAGCUUAUCGGACUGAACGCUCAAACAAAAGAAACACACUGACCGCCCAAACAAAAUAAACACACUGACCGCUCA